GCUUGAGUUUCUUUUCAGCUGGAAUUUCUGUGUGUUAUAUGCUUUCUCAUGUCUUUGGCCGCAGGUACUUCUUUGGUGCUGGUGCUGAGGAUGGGGUGGAUGAAUUAGUAACUGGGGUGAUUGAAGCAGAGUAUCAAAGUAAAUGGGAGCGCAACAAAUAUGUUGGGGUAUCACUUGUUGGCAAAACUCUUGCAGUGAUGGGUUUUGGAAAAGUUGGUUCUGAAGUUGCAAGGCGUGCCAAGGGUCUAGGAAUGCAGGUCAUUGCACAUGAUCCCUAUGCUCCUGCUGAUCGUGCUCGUGCACUAGGAGUCGAGUUAGUGACAUUUGAUGAAGCAUUAGCACUUGCAGAUUUCAUCUCAUUGCACAUGCCCUUAACACCUACCACAUCAAAGAUGCUCAAUGAUGAAUCCUUUGCAAAGAUGAAGAAAGGCGUGAGGAUAGUCAAUGUUGCUCGUGGUGGUGUAAUUGAUGAAGAAGCUCUCGUGAGGGCAUUGGAUUCUGGAAUUGUUGCACAGGCAGCAUUGGAUGUCUUCACAAAAGAGCCUCCUCCACUAGAUGAUAAAUUGGUCAUGCAUCACAAUGUUACAGUUACACCUCAUCUGGGAGCCAGCACCACAGAAGCACAGGAAGGAGUGGCAAUUGAAAUAGCUGAAGCUGUUGUUGGAGCCUUGAAAGGAGAACUUGCUUCUACUGCAGUAAAUGCGCCAAUGGUUCCCGCUGAGGUGUUAUCAGAGCUUGCCCCAUAUGUUGUUCUCGCAGAGAAACUCGGCAGGCUAGCUGUCCAACUCGUAGCAGGAGGCAGUGGCGUGAAAUCAGUAAAGAUCACCUAUGCAUCAGCCAGAACUCCUGAUGAUCUCGACACCAGAGUUCUCCGUGCAAUGAUCACUAAGGGCCUGAUCGAGCCAGUCUCCGACGUCUACGUUAACCUUGUAAAUGCCGAUUUCACAGCAAAACAGAGAGGCAUUCGUCUUACGGAGGAAAGAUUCCUCUUGGAUGGUUCACCAGAAAGCCCUCUCGAAUUCAUCCAGGUCCAAAUUGCCAACGUCGAAUCUAAGUUUGCCAGUGCCAUGUCUGAAACUGGGGAGAUUAGCGUGGAGGGGAAAGUGAAAGAUGGGAUCCCUCAUCUUACUAAGGUUGGAUCAUUUCAAGUUGAUGUGAGCAUGGAAGGGAGCUUGAUUCUCUGUAGGCAAGUGGAUCAGCCUGGGAUGAUUGGCACUGUUGGGAGUAUUUUAGGGGAGGAGAAUGUGAAUGUGAGCUUUAUGAGUGUUGGUAGGAUUGCUCCUAGGAAACACGCAGUUAUGGCAAUUGGUGUCGAUGAGCAACCGGCAAAAGAAACUUUGAAGAAGAUCGGGGAAAUACCGGCCAUUGAAGAGUUUGUGUUCCUUAAGUUAUAGAGUGGGUAGUUUCUGUGACGGCGAUUUUUAUACUCAUUUGAAGGAGCUGCGAAUUAUUUAGCUGAGUUAUUAUUUUGAAGCUGUGGGUUGUAGUUUACAUGCGGUCAAAAUUUUCUAGUAUUAUCAUCCAAAUGCGUUUAUAUUUGAGUAUUACAUCAUACCUAUUGUCUGAACUAUUUAAUUAUGGAAUCUCAUGAGUAUCACCUUUUGAUGGAAGUAUAUAAUAUUUAGUUUUUAAC